AUGGAUUCUGACUACGCCGACCUUCCCCCACCGGCCGAGGUGCAAACUAUCGCCACGCCCAUCAACCUCAUUCUUCUUUCUCUCUUUGUCAUUGUCGUCUUCCUCCAGCUCCGACCCAAGACGCCCGUCUCCCUUCCUAAGGGUCCGGCCCCCGUGGUCUUCCGUACAUUUACACCUUCAACACUGCUUCCUUUCAACGGCGCCGAUGGGGCGCCUGUCUAUCUAGCUGUUCGAGGCCGAGUGUUUGAUGUCACACCCGGACGCAAUUUCUACGGACCGGGCGGCCCGUAUGAGAACUUUGCAGGCCGCGACGCCUCGCGCGGUCUUGCAUGCCAGAGCUUCGAUGAGGAGAUGCUCACCAAGGAUCUUAAGGGUCCUUUGGACGACCUCAAGGGUCUUGAUGACGAACAAUUGGAGAAUUUGCAAGGCUGGGAAGAGCGCUUCCUGGAGAAGUAUUUAGUUGUUGGAAAGCUUGUUGCAGAGGGCGACCCGGAAGCGCCAAAAUCUUGA